AUGUGUCCUGAGGGUUAUUCUGAACCUCUUCAAUUGGAGCUGCAACAUCAGCACUCGGAGGAUAAGGAGAGAGAUGGAGCCUCGGACAAUGAGACUAAAUCAGACUCCGAGGUUCCUGAAGUUCCCGUUCCUGCCGAUGACACACCAGAGGUUCUCAACAAAAUCCUCUCAGGCCUUUCCUUACGAUUGAAGAACUGGUGGGAGAGAUACACAUGGGAGAUUCUCACUCCAGCUAUGAUCUCCUCGUUCUUCUUCAUCUUUAUUGUUUAUCUGGGUCCGAUGGCUCUGAUGAUGAUGCCGUUUCUGAUCAAGUGCUUCCAUCAGAUCAUCACAACUGGUUACAGAGUCUAUCACUGUUACCACAUGCCAUGGUUCAGAACCCUAAGCUUGUACUUCCUGCUGUGCGUGAGCUACUUCUUCUAUGAGGAAAAGAUCACAGAUUAUUUUUUCACCCUGGUGCAGAGGGAGGAGUGUGUACACAUGCUCAGCAAAUACCAUCAUUUCAUUCCCUUUGCCCUGUACCUCGUAGGAUUCUGCAUGAUUGUUUUGAGUCUGGUGAAGAAACUCUAUCGCCUGCCAUUCUGCAUGUUCAUCUGGACUCAUUUGACCGUGCUGAUUGUGGCGAUUCACUCGGACUUAAUCAUUCAAAACCUUUUUGAGGAGAUGAUCUGGUUUAUUGCGCCAAUCUCCAGUAUUAUUUGUAAUAACAUAAUCGAUUGCAUGUUUGGAUUCAUUCUCAGUCGCAGCCUUUAAGUUGUCUCUUAAUAAGACAUAGCGAGAGCCGUGAGAACAGGGCGAGGCCGGUGGCAUGAUUGAUGAUGAGCGCCACCUGCGAGCCGCACCAUCUAGUUUCUCACGGAGCAUAAAAGGAGGAGCGACGACAGUGAAGGACGAGAGAGGACCAGGCCUG